AUGCGAGGAAGUGAAUGGGAAGAAGAAGAGAUGGGUUGCCUGGGGGGAGGUAGGCCCGAGAAGGGGAAGUAUUGGGCCAAGGACCCGCGGGGCAAGGCUAUAGGUCUUAAGUCCGCCGUACUGGCUGUACCUGGCAGCCUCGCAGGCCUUGUCCCGCCACGUCCACUUAUCGGGCAUGACAGCACCACGCUAGACCCAUCGCGGGCUAGCCCCCACUCGGCUAAGUGCAGCUCGAGUGGAGCCGCCGGCCUGUGGGAAAUUCUUCCGCCGACCCAAUUCGAGCUUCACUUUUUCCGCUGGGAUAAGGGACACGGAGACGACGACAGCGACAGCGACAGCGACAGCGAUAGCGAUCCAGGGGAAACAAAGGCCGGACCAGCACAGCGACAGGUGGAAAGUCCAAGACCACAUGCAGGACUGCACAUAACCCACGAGCCUCUGGAAACUGCCCGCAACGACACGAGACUGCACACCGCCAUCAUGGGCGCGCUCAAGCCCGUCCUCAGACCGCAGGUCCUGCGACAAGCCUUCCUCACACAGCCCCUCGCGGCCGCGCGCCCGACGAUAGCGGCGGCCUUUGUGCCGGCCCGCCGGGCCUCGUCGACGUCGCAACCGGCGGUGCCGCAGAUCCCGGCGCCGACGGCGUUCUGCCCGGACGUGGCGACGUUCCUCAAGCUGAUCGGGCGGGGGCUGGGGGCGCACGCGUCCAAGUUCCCGUCGUGGGAGUCGCUGUUCUCGCUCGAGUCGGACCAGCUGCGCGAGCUGGGCAUCGAGCCGCCGCGGUCGCGCCGCUACCUGAUCCAGUGGCGGCAGCGCUUCCGGCGCGGCGAGUUCGGCGUCGGCGGCGAGUUCCGCCACGUCCAGGACGGCGUCGCCGAGCUGCGCGUCCUCGAGCACGACGCCACCAACCCGGCCAACCCCAAGAAGUACGUCGUCAACGUGCCGCUCGGCCAGAGCGUCGCCGAGACCAAGCCCGAGGACCUGAGCCGCGUCCAGGGGUACCGCGUGAACGGCGCCAAGACGAUCGUCGGGCCGCAUGCGCUGCCGCUCAAGAGUGGCGAGGGCGUCAGGGUGGCCGUCACCGAGGGCAUGUGGGAGGACAAGCGGGGCCGCAAGAUCGACGGUGGUGAGAGACGACGAACCGAGAUCAGAUACAAGAAGGGUGUCCAGGAGCGGCGAGAGGCGCGGGAGAGAGGCGAGCUCAGGUAG